CCCAAAGCCAUUUUCGGGUGUGGCGGGUUCGAGUCUCGCCUUCCCCAACUUGAGCGCUGGCUGAGGGGGACUCCAUGAACGGCCAGGAUGACUGAGGCAGAAUAUAUCCUCUGCAAGUGGAAAAAACGGUUGUGGCCAGCAAAGGUGUUGUCGAGAAGCUGCCCUUCUAGAGGACGACGGCUGGGUCCAAGGUCGGCUUCCGUUCGUGUCGAAAUCCUCGGCCUGAAUAAACAGGCGAGUGUGCGCUGUGCUGAUACGGAAGCCCUAAAGAAAGAGAGCAUCGAGGACAUUGCCUCUAAGUUAGAUCAGAGCAAGAAAAACCCGAACCCUGUGGAGGAGUUGACCUAUCGGCGAGCUCUACGGGAUGCACUGGAUAUUCUCGGUCAAGGGGCACCAUCCAAAGGAGAACCCCCUUCGAAGGGGAGAAGUGUCCAAAAGGACACACAAGAGAGAACGUUGCCUUUCUUUGUGGCUACGCGGCAGCGGCAGCUUUCCUCUCCAGAAGACCCACGUGAGAGGGAAACCGAGGCGAGCUCCGUGGGUGCGCUCACACCCCCGCGGGUUGCAUGGCUCGAAGACGAGCGAGUUGAAGGCAAAUCUGGUGGGGGCAGCAGCUCCCCUUCGCCAGCUGCCAAACGUUUGGCUCAAACGAGUACACCACUUCGCGUUUCCCGCAGGCGCCUUGCCCAGCUCGCGCCAGCAGGGCCGAAGUCGGACACGCGGCCUGGGCUGAGAAGCCACUUGAUAUGUCUUCCCGCCAAGUGUGUUUCGACUGAAUCGGAGGCAGGGGAGUCUCCGCCCAGGAAAUACGGCAAAGUCUCUGACGGCAGCCGGUGUCGCACGGGGAGGUGUUGGAAGCUAAACGGCACUGCUUCAUCUCCCUCACGGAAAAGGUGGGGCCGUGGUCGUCCGGAGAAUUUGAAUUCGGGGCCCUCUGCUGGUACAUCGCCUUCGGAACACGGGGGAGAGGAUAAAGGAGAACCGUCCCGGCAUCCAGGUUUUGAAGAUGAAGAAGGGCUUGAGUUUUCCUCUGACCUAAGGGUUAGUCCUGUGCGAGAGCUCCGUCUAAGCCCAGCUUUUAGGGAUGAUGAAGAGGAGGACGAGGAGGAAGAACUCCCCAGUUUCCUCUUGCAUCAAGAACCUUGUUCAAUCGAACAAGGAAUGCUGGUUUGGUGCAAACUUGCAAGAUACCCGUAUUGGCCAGCUGUGGUGAAAAGGGUCAAAAAGAAAGACAAGAAGGCCAACGUGGUCCUCAUAGAAAAAAGCGUGGAUGACAAAUCGAAAGGCUUCUCCGUCCCCCUCAGAAACCUGAAACACUUUGACUGCGAAGACAAACAGAAGCUGAUAGACAAAGCCGGAGAGGAAUACAACCAGGAAAUCAACUGGUGCAUUAGGCUGAUCGCGGACUACAGAAUUAGAGUAGGUUGCCAUUCUUUCGCUGGGUCCUUCUUGGAGUACUGCGCCGAUGACAUGAGCUGCCCGGUCCGCAAAGAAGCCCUCCAUCCCUCGUCCCAGCUGGCCUUCCCCCAAGCGGCAGAGACGCCCCCUCCGGAAGAGCCUCCCGUGGAGGCCACGCCCACCAAGUUGGCCAAGAAGGUCCUUCCCGACCGCAUGCGGGCCGCCAGGGACCGAGCCAACGAGAGGAUCGUGGACUUUAUCGUGAAGGCCAAAGGGGCGGACGCCCACCUCCACUCCAUCCUGCGGAGCAAGAAGCCGUCGCGGUGGCUGGCUGGCUUCCUGGACGCCGGGCCCUACGUCACCUGCAUCGAGACUUACCUGGAGGACGACGCUCAGCAAGACGUGGUGGUCAACUAUCUGCAAAAGGUUUACCAGGAGGCGUUGCCUCUCGUCAACGGCGACGGCCUCAAAUUCAUCCUCGAAGUCCUGUUUCCCGAGGCGAUCAUCUAUGCCAUUUCGGCCGUGUAUGAGAUUGACUACAAGAAGGCAGAAGCGAAAUACAUCGAGGGACCUCGAGUGACGCACAGGGAGAGAGAAAACUUUGAAGAACUUAUUCUGGAAAAGAAGAGAAGGCAGCAACGGCAGAGCCAGGAACUGCCCACGGAAGACGGCCUGUGAACCCCUUGCGCUCACCUGUGUGUCCCUAAAUAAGAUGGAAAGCAAUUAUUUUCUAUAUGAGAAACUAUUUUUUAAAUACAUAUAUAUGAAAUAUGCUUCAGUAGGUGGAUGUCAGCUCCUGCGACGCUUUUUCCGCCUGCCACAUAUCACCCUAGCUCCGGAGAGUUGACCAAAAUUAAAUAAGUGAUGAAAUAAGUUACGGAAGGCUGGGCAAACCAUUUUUAAAAGAACUGGUGGUGUUCCAAGUGAGGCUUUAGCUUCUGUGGUAUAUACGCCCACCCUGCUGUUGACUCAGCUUAAACAGGUCCGGUAGGCUUUCAAAACAGCCUCCAAAGCUAUUGAACCAGAAAGAAAAGUAAAAUAAGUGCAACCCACCAUCAGCAGCAAACUCAUCUCUUCCUUCAAAUUGCCUCCAGCUUUUGGGGGCCGUUUCCUGCACCUUAAUUUCACCCUGAUGUUUGAAAACACUAAUCUGCAUAUAUUGUUGCCUAGAUGUAAUUGCUUGUCCGGUUUAUAAAUCGCCCAUGCAGCAGUCUGGGGUAUAAAGGCAACUCCCCGCCCCCUCCAGAAAUGAAAUCGGCCUCUAAUUCCAAAUGAUUUUUAAAAUCUGUUCGAUGCAGAUCUGAUUAAAUGAGGCAAGAAUUAAACUCCGUACUGCUUCGCUUGCUACUCUGUCGAAUUUUUUUAAAAACGUGGAAGAAAAUAAACUAUCCUACAACCA